AUUUGAGCUUGGGUUUGAAGGUAAGGAAGUAACUUAUGGCGUCAAAGCGCAUAUUGAAGGAGCUGAAGGAUCUGCAGAAGGACCCUCCCACAUCAUGCAGCGCUGGUCCUGUGGCUGAGGACAUGUUCCAUUGGCAAGCAACAAUCAUGGGGCCUACAGAUAGCCCUUAUGCAGGGGGUGUAUUCUUGGUUUCUAUUCAUUUUCCUCCUGAUUAUCCGUUCAAGCCACCUAAGGUUGCAUUUCGAACUAAGGUUUUCCACCCUAACAUCAAUAGCAAUGGAAGCAUUUGUCUGGAUAUUCUUAAAGAGCAGUGGAGUCCAGCAUUGACCAUAUCUAAGGUCCUGUUGUCCAUCUGCUCUCUAUUGACAGACCCAAAUCCAGACGAUCCUCUUGUACCAGAAAUUGCUCAUAUGUACAAGACUGACAGGUCCAAAUAUGAGGCCACUGCUCGUAGCUGGACACAGAAAUAUGCUAUGGGAUAAUAGCAAAAGUGUCACUGGCCAUGUCAGAGACUUUUGUAGCUGCACCGUCUUAAUUGUGCUUGGGUGAAAGAAUAAAAUGUGGGUAAGGAACUUAGAAUUUACUUCUUUCUCCCGUUGUGUGGUUGUCAAGAGACUGAGAUCUUUCAAAUUUGUGAAUAUCUAUUUGAUGAAUGUUAGCAAGGGGGAAAACGUAAUGUAACUUGUACUUUGGUUGCCUGUCUGACAUGCUUCUUUCCCUAAUUUUCCCAAUUUGCAUGACUAGUUGGAGCCAUCUUUGGAAUGACAAUUAUUAUUGAUACCGA